AUGAAGCUUACUCACAUCGUAUCCCUGGGUUUCGCUCUGGCCAUAGGCGCCUCCAAUGUUUUGGGCACGCCGUUGCCGAACGCCGCCGUGAAGCGCGACGCGAUUACGUCUGCUCUGACCUCUUUGGAAGACGAGAUCAGCUCUGUUCUAGGUGAAAUCACAAACCUCGGUCAAUCAGGCGGCGCUUCAGCGGACAACCUCGCUCCACUCAUUGAGCAGAUCAUCUCCGAAAUUACGUCCACUACGGCCGCGAUCGAUUCAGCGAGUAGCGGCAGCGGCAUUGGCGACCUCGUACCUACUGCCGGUACACUGACUACAAUAAUCACCAACAUAGCUACAUCGCUGCAAACGGUGCCGACGAGCGUCAUCUCUGCGACCCCAAAUACGUCGGGCCUUGGUUCAGCCCUGGGCAAUCUACAGGACGAAGUGAAUGACAUCGUGCCAGGAGUAACCGCAGAGCUCGCUAGCGCGUUGGACCCCAUUUCUUCGAUCCUCGAUAGCUUGGGUCUCGGUGACCUGCUCAGCGUCUUGGGUCUUCUCACCGGCAUCCUGGGAAUUCUGUAGGGGAAGUCUUGACGCGGAGGUUAGGUGAGACGGCUUCCAACAGAAAGGCUCGCAUUUCUUUGACGUAGUGGUGUGUACGGAGGACGCUGUGCUGAGAUAGGGCACUGAACCUUUCGUCUUCGAUUCUUUGGGCAUUU